GUGUUUGUGCAGAAUAUGAAAGAGUCCUUCUUCCGCUCACAGCGCAAGUCCACCGAUAACGCUCUACAGCCUGCCGAUGGGGGCAGCUCCGGCAGUGUUAACGUAAACAGCGCAGCCAGUAAGAGUACCAACACUCCCAAGGGGGGUGCCAAAUCCCCUCGAGGUGCUGUUAAAAUUGGGCCAAGUAGUGACAAAAACACGCCGCGCACUCGCAAUAUGGCCAUGUCGAGCAUGAAGAAUAUUUUGUUCAAAUCAGGCUCGCCCAUUGUUGGUCGAAAGCGGGCGUUAACACUCACUAACAGGUAA